GUAUAAUAGUGUGAGAUAAUCAUUAACGAUUUAAAUAUAGAAGAUAGCUGUUAGGUGAUAAUAAUUUGUACAUAGGAAGGAAACCCCUCAUAGCAUAUUCAAAAAAUAAUAUAAAUCAAUCCAUUUACAUUGCAUAAAAAUACUACAAAUAUACCCAAAUAGAGAGAUGUUUAAACAAUCAAUUCGUAAGUUGGCUACUGAAGCUACAUCAUCCAUACCAUCAUUCAACAUUGCAUCAGCUCCCAAAUAUACCUUAGCAUCAUUACGUACAUUUCCAUCAUUAGAACCUCAUACAUUUGUUCCAUUACCUCAUCAAUUUUUCAAUGGAUCAACUAGAAGAGAUUUAUUAUGGAGUGCAGUAGUAUAUGAAGCUGAUAAAGCUAGAGUUGGAUCUGGUUAUGUACCCACCAAGGGGGAUAAACCAUUUUCAAAUAGAAAGUUAUAUAAACAAAAGGGUACUGGUAGAGCCAGAACUGGGGAUGCUAAUUCACCUCAUAAAGAUAAUGGAUUAAAGGCUCAUGGGAUUAAAGCUCCCCAUGAUUGGUCUACUGAAUUACCAUUCAAGAUAUAUAGUAAAGCAUUCCAAGCUGCACUUUCUGAACAAUAUAAGAAUGGGAAAUUAUUUAUAAUUGGAGGUGAUAAAGAUAUUAGUAAUGAAUUUGAUACUAAUGUAUUAGAUUUUGAAUAUAAUCAUGAAUCAGUAACUAAUCAAUUUGUGGAAAAGCAUAAUUUAGAGAAAUUGAAUUUAUUAUUCAUAACUGAUAAUCAAAGAGAUAAUUUAAUAACUUCGACUGAAGCCAUUGGAUCUAAAGCUAGUGUGAUAAUUAAAGAUGCCGUUGAAGUAAGAGAUAUUUUAAGAGCCAAUCGUAUUUAUAUUGAAUUGCCAGCAUUACAAUGGUUUAUUGGUAAGUAUGCUGUGGUGUAGGUUCUUACUAUUGGUAUGAUUAUAGUUUAAAUAGAAUAUAAAAUACAUGUACAUAAUAUUAAUGAAC